GGGUCGCGAAGACUACGCACGGUCUUUAACACGUUCUUCAACGAUUUUACUCCUUCCGGUAAGAUUCGGUACUCUCGACGACGAUUUCAGACGAAGACGCGCCAAAAUUAUUAUAUAUAUAUAGUAAUCAUUUUUGAAAUAUAUAUAUAUAUAUAUAUAUUAGUGUUUUCUCUGUGAUACCGUGACAUAUCGUGACACGUUAUUGACGAUCAUGCUUUCGUGUUUUAUUACGAUCAAUUAGUGACAGUGUUCUAUUCAACGACAGAGACUGCAACGAGCACAUCUUUUUCUUGGUGAACAAUCGAGGUGUUUUCGUGACAACUGAGAAGGAAUCCUUCAACAUUGACAUCAUUUUCUUCUUAAAGUUAACCGAUUCGCUCUCUCGUUGGUAUCCAAGUAUAGCGGAAGUUGUGCAGAAAAUGUUACACUUGACGAGGACUGAAAUGACGCAGGAGUCACGGUGAGAAAAGGGCGAGGGUUUCACCCUCGCACGAAAAGGGGGUGCCAUGGCGAAGAACUUUAGUUUCGUCGUUGGUGCGAGCCCAUCGACUACCCCUCACCAUAUUCGUCUUCUUCUCCCCCUUCUUUUCCUCGGUUUCACCUGGUUCGUUCCCUCAACGCAUGCCGUGGAUCUUUCACAAUGCAUCGCGCCACUGGGCAUGGAAUCCAAAGCAAUACCGGAUAAGGACAUCACAGUCAGUUCCACCUACGAUGCCGGAAAUGUUGGCCCGCAUCUGGCACGAUUGAAAACGGAGAGCCUCGGUGGUGCUUGGUGUCCGAAGAAUCAGAUCACAAAGGAAGCGAAAGAGUGGUUGGAAAUUGAUCUCCACACUGUCCAUCUUAUCACUGCCACCGCUACUCAAGGUCGUUUUGGAAACGGACAGGGUGUCGAGUACUCGGAGGCUUAUCUUCUAGAAUAUUGGCGACCACGACUGGGCAAAUGGGUUCGUUACAGGGACAUCAAAGGACAAGAGGUAAUACCAGGCAACACGAACACGUAUUUGGAGUCCAAGCAUGAACUGGAGCCACCUCUGUGGGCUAGCAAGAUCCGUUUUCUACCCUUCAGCAGUCACACGCGGACAGUUUGCAUGCGGGUCGAGCUCUACGGGUGUUACUGGAGCGACGGUGUUGUAUCCUAUUCGAUGCCCCAAGGCGACAAGAGAGGUAACGAAUGGGAAUUCUUCGACGCCACUUACGACGGUCAUUGGGACGAUGAACUUCGUCGUGGAUUGGGCCAAUUGAUAGACGGUAAAAUGGGCCCGGAUGAUUUCAAAAUGGGCUAUUAUGACGAUCGAAGGCAAGGCUGGGUUGGAUGGAGGAACGAUACACGAAAUGAUCAACCAAUAGAAAUCAAAUUUGAGUUCGAUGUAGUCAGAGAAUUCUCGGCAAUUCAUAUUUACUGUAACAACCAAUUCACCAGGGACGUUCAGAUCUUCUCACAAGUCGACAUACUCUUCAGUAUAGGCGGGCGAUAUUACAACGGUGAGCCGAUUACCUACACCUACAUGGAGGACAAAAUAUUUGAAACGUCUCGUAACGUCUCUAUCAAGCUUCACCAUCGUAUCGGGAAGUACGUGAAAUUGAGACUCCAUUUUUCCGCCAGAUGGAUCAUGAUCAGCGAAGUGAUUUUCGAUUCUGACAUAGCACAUGGUAAUUUCACGACCGAGGAAGCACCUACGACGGAAUCGCCAAUUCAAAGUGACGUUUUUGUUGAAAAAAAUGGAUCGGGCAUUGACGGUGAAUUACCUGUCUCAACCGCGAAACACGAUGAUCCGACUUACAUGGCAAUAGUAAUUGGAGUAUUGAUGGCUGUAAUAUUGCUCCUUGCCGUGGCAAUAUUUCUGAUCGUUUCGAGACACAGACAACGGAAAUGUUUUGCCAGUCCUAUGACUGGAAAAGCUCCAUCUCAUUUGGGUUCGACCUGUGCCACCGUAGAAAAGGGAGCAGCACUGAUGGCUUAUACUUUGGAAGACGACGAAAGAUACGCCGGGGGUUCUUUGCCUACCCUACCACGUGACCUGGGCAAUCGUCUCCUGGAUAUCGCCAAGCUCGAUGACUAUCAGGAACCCUACCAAGCGUUGAAGUAUGCUCCAUACUACAGCUACAGCACCGUCGUUAUGGAGAUGAAAGACAUGAUGCUGAACAACAAGGGCACCAACAUCAAUCACUCAGCAGUGUACGCGAACGGUGCAGUUGACACAUCAUACGAUUAUGCGGUACCGGAACUCGGCACGGUACCUCUCCUCAACCAAGAAGGAACCGGAGGAUGCCCUAGGACCACUACUGUAUCCAGUACGACCAGUGACAAGGAGAGUCUCUUCUCUAAGAAUUCUUCUCACAGCGCAAAGACCGAGGACAAGAAGUCACCAACACAACAGGAGGUACUGUCGGCCUUGAAAAGACGUCUCGAGCAAACAAGCGUUCCCCUCUUCCCACGACAUCGGCUUCGCAUGCUUUCCAAACUCGCAGAAGGUGCAUUCGGAACGGUAUACGUAGCUGAAGCCGAAGGGAUUCCUGAGUACGGAACAACGACCACCCUCGGCAAGCGUUUCGUCGCCGUCAAGUUUUUAUUACCGGAAGCCAGCGAGAAGGAAAAGCUAGAUUUCCAAAGAGACGUGAGGAUUUUGGCGGCACUCGAGGAUCGCAAUAUCGCUAGGGUUUUGGGUGCUUGCUGCCGUGAGGAACCCUACUGCGUUGUGAUGGAAUAUUUGGAACACGGGGACCUCUGUCAAUUCCUAAAGACGCAUAUCACUGCAGAGGAUGCCCAUUCCAUGCCAAUCGGUGUUAAGACGCUUAGUUUCAACUGUCUCAUCUAUAUGGCAGCGCAAAUCGCAUCGGGCAUGCGGUAUCUCGAGAACCUCAACUUCGUGCAUCGGGAUUUGGCUACUAGGAAUUGCUUGGUUGGAAAGGCUUAUCAUAUCAAGAUCUCAGAUUUCGGUACAGACAACGAAUUAUAUGCCUGUGACUAUUAUAAGGUGGAUGGAACUGUACCCUUGCCUGUUCGUUGGAUGGCUUGGGAAUCUAUAUUUUUAGGCAAGUAUACGACAAAGAGCGAUGUCUGGGCAUUCGCUGUGACUCUUUGGGAGAUCUUAAAUUUAGGAAGGCGAGUACCUUACGAACAUUUAUCGAACGAGGAAGUGGUCGAAUGUCUAAGAAGAUUUCAUCGUGCUAACGAAGAAGACGGCUCGGCAUCGGAAAGCUGUUGUACUGAUGUAACAAACGAUCAUUUCGAUUAUCUUCCAAGACCUACAGCUUCUUCGAAAGAUAUUUACGAUCUGAUGUUAGAAUGUUGGCGUCGGGAGGAAAACGAACGUCCAACCUUCCGCGAGAUUUCCUUGUUCUUACAACGGAAAAAUCUCGGAUACGCGCCAACGUCUUGAUAUUGAACCAUCAAUACCAACGAGGUUUAUGAUUUAUUUUCUGAACAUUUACGAUUCUCCGAUGUUACGAGAAUCGAACGAUGAUUAUUCGAUUAUUUCAUCGAAUUUUCUUCUAUUACUUGUUGUUCAUCGGUUCAUUCAUCGGAACAGAUUUAUCCGGUGAACCUUUGACAACGUAAAUCCUUUGGGAAUCUUCUUAAUCAAUGAUAAUAUCUUGAAAUCAAUCGCUAACGUAUUACACACUGAUGAAUUAAAUAAAUAUCUUCCAAUUAAUUAGGAAUUUAACUUUGGUAUGGUCAAGUAAAUGGGGAAAGAUAUUUUUGACGAUUACGUAUCUAAGGAAAAUAAUAUGUCUCAUCGAAUUGGUAAAUAAUUUUCUUUUUUUUUUUUUUUUUUUUUUUUGACGAGAGAAUUGUUAAGAGCUUAAAAAUCGCGAACAUUUCUCUUAGUCAGAAUGAAAUUCUAGAAAUUCCCGCUUUUGAUUGGAAUCGCCAAAUUUUUUCGUUCAUUUGCAUUCUAUUUUCGAAAAAGAAAAAAAAAGAAAAAGAGCCGAGGAUACGUUACAUUUGAAUAUUUCUAAGAGACAAGAAUAUGACGUUGGACUGUGACUUCGACAAUCCAAUGAGUGCGCCGUGGUUCUUAUUAAACUGUUUAAUAAAAAAAAAAGGCUACUGCGUUUAUACGACUGAACGAUAGAACGGCGAUAUACGCCUCUGAUGUAAUAAACUUAAGAUUAAAUGAAAAAGAAAACAAAACGAAAAAAAAAAAUUAAAUAAAUAAAUAAAUAAAUAAUUAAAUAAAUAAAUAAAAAAAUAAAAAUGAAAAAGAUAAUGAAACUGAAUAAAGGUAAUGAUAUAAAUUUCGUGAGGAAACUAAUCAAGAUUCUUCGUAAUGUAAACAUUUAAGAACAAUACAAUGUAAAAUUAGCUAUUAAAUACCGCUGUGAACAUUCCUGCAUAGACGAGUACGUACCUAUGCCAUUGAAUAAUUAUUUCAUUGAUAUCGAUUUAGAUCAUACGAUCGAUAAAUUCAACACACAAUUGCUCUCGUAACUUUUAAUCGAUUUAAAAUAACGAUUAAGAGCGAUUGUUUGUUUGUUUGUUCGCUUGGUUGGUUGUUUGUUUGUUAGUUGGUUUGUUUCUUUCUUUCUAUCUUUUUCUCUAUUUAAUUAAUAAUUACAUCGACCAUAAUGGCAAUAUAUUAUAUUAUAACAAUAUAAACGCUGUGACUAUCGUUGCUAACUAAUCGAAGAUCGCGAAAUGAUGUGUAUUAUGUAUGUUUGUGUGUGUGCGUGUGUGUGUGUGUAAUCUGUACGAUGGAGAUUGCAUUAAUAAUAAUAUAAGUAUGCGUGUAAUGAUCUACUUCUCUUCGAUAUAAUAUAAAAUAAUUAAAAAACUAAACCUCUUUUCGACAAGUCUGCAUGUAUAUAUAUAUAUAGAUAUAUAUACAUAAUGAUGAUAAGCAAAUUUUAUAGAAUCAAAUGUAUGCCAAGCGACAUGAAUAUACUUUCUCUUUAACUAUGUUUUCAAAUAUUAAUUUAACCAAACAAAAAAUAAAUACGCGACUAAAUUUAUCGGUGAUUAUUGAACUUAAUUUUUAAUGUGUAACAUUUUUUCGAAUCUUAUUCAUUCAUGUCACUUGAUAGUCGAACACGAGGAAUUUUAAACAAUGCUAAGAAUUGAAAUUCGAUAACGUUUUACCAUUCUUGUAAUGAACAUCGCUAUUGAUAAAACUAAAUGAAUCAUCGAACGAAAAGUAAAGAUAACAAAAAAUUGCAUAAAUUGAAAUUAGCAUAUGUUCGACUAACGGCAAUAUAUCGAAAUAAUAAUAUAACGACACAACAGAUACGUUAUUUAAAAUAGAAGAAGGAAAUUCUAUAUGCUAGGCGGGAUCAAUGAUACUAGUAUAAAUAUAUCGUGCAUAGGAAUACGUUUUAAUAUACAUAAUAAUAAACUAUGAUUAUUUCUUUUGUGAAUAUAUCGCACAAUUUCUUUUGGGCAAUCUUCUAAAAUUAUUUAAGGGAAAAUCUUGUUAACCAGUUCAUUGCGAAUUGACGAGUAUAUACGUUGUAAUAAAAUGACAAUAUUUUCUGUUUAAGCAGAUAAAAAUGUAGUUACCAUUUAUUAUUUAACCAAUUAGCUGUGCGGUGACCUCUUUAAAAAGUGUCUACCUAAAUUGUGUCAUAUAUAAUAGAAUGAAACGAUAACAUAAAAUAUUAACAUUUCUGCAUGACGAGUAUACACGUCAAUUACAGCUAACUUAUUAAAUUGUUAACGAACGAUAGAACGAACGAAGCUUUUUGGAAAAUAUCAUUUUCGCAAAUGUUACAACAUAUCGUGCUGUGUUCCUUCGUGCUUAUUUCAACGAAUGAAUUAAAUUUAAUAAGAUGUAAGGAAGCAUGGGAAAUCGAAAAGCAAUAGAUAACAAAAAAAAAAAAAAAUCGGAUUAUAUUAUACAAGUGUAUAUAUAAAUAUCUACGUAACGUGCAUAAUCACUUUGACGAAAAUGAAAUAUGGGAACGAAAGAGUUCAACGAAACAAUUCAAUCAAUUAAGUUCCAUUGUAUAUGUAUAUGAAAGAUAUUAGAUUACUACGAAAAAUACGCUGUUGUCUUUCAUAAUGCUGUAUCAUUCUUUCUUCUUAAUGCUUUAUUGGUGAUGCAGAAAUAAAGAAAUGAACAACAUUGUGAAACGUGAUAGUAACGCGUAAUCUUAACGUAUAGGCGAUGUUACCGUUAAAACGUUAAAAAUACUAUUUAUAUAAAUUAAUCUAAUGCCAUUUAAGGAAGUAGAUAGUCAGAAAAUUAGUCAUAUACGUUUUUCGAAUAUGUUCAAUUCGAGCGUGACUAAAAUCGAAUAAUUCUCUCGUAUAUUUAUGCGAAAUUAAAUGAAAUUAGUGUCUAUCUGUAUGUAUGUCUUUACCUAAAAUUAAUAAUCAAACAUGAUUGAAUUAAUUUGUUGCAAUACUGCAAUAUCUUUAUCAUCUUAAAACGAAAUUCUUACUUGGUCUAUUAAAUUCAAUUAAUUUUCUAUGUAAAAAAUAAAACGAACGGAUAGACACACGAGAUUUGAUUUUAAUAAUAAACCUAAAUAAAAUAUGAAUAAUAGUUGCGCUCGAAUUACAUUGAUAUAAAAAUAAUGCUGCCUUUGGCUAUAUCGUUGCCCCUACUGCUAAAGAGUAACUCACUUGUCUACUCAUGUGAUAAUUCAGUAUAUCUCUUCGUAUCUACCUGUACCUAACUAGCUCGAUGAGAUUAUCAGAAACGAAAGGAUUACAUUUUUCGAGCUUAGCAUUAUUAUUUCGUAAAACAACAACAAACAAAACAAAACAAAACUUUUCGUUAGUUUUUGAUUUGUAUCAGAGUAUCGAUUACGAAUUUGAAUUAAAAAAAAAAAGAAGAAAAAAAAAACGUAAUCCUUUCUUACCUGAAUAAAAAUUAAAUCGAGAUGACUAUUCUACCUAAUAAUAUGCGCCUUCUCCGCCAAUUAUAUCGAAUAAUAAUUUUUAAGUUCGUUGCGAAAUAGAGCUCUGUCAAAGUCGUUAGCUAACGUGUGAGAUCGCUACGUGUCUGAGGAAAAAAAAAAGGUCAUUAAUGAGAAUAAGUGUUAACGUGUGUAAUUAAUUAUUCAUCCAAAAGAAAAACGAAAAGAAAAAAAAAGAGAAAGAAAAAUCAAGGUCCCUUGUUUCGCCUCUCUUUGAAAUACACAUUUUUGCUCUGUGUUUGUGUAAAUUAUUAUAUUAUUAUUAUUAUUAUUAUUUUUCUUUUUAAAAAUACGUACACUUCUCUUGUGCUAAGUCAGUUGAAAUUUGUAAAAAAUGAAGAAAAUAAGCGACUAUUGAAUUUAAGAUGAACCGAAUUGAAUUCCUUCUUUUUCAAAAUGAAAAAAAAAGAAAGCGCUUCAUUUAAAAAGCAUCGUAUUUGCCGGUCUAUUGUGGAAUUGAAUGGAAUCUUUAGAAAAAAAGAUAACGGAGUAAAUAAUUAAUUGGGAAGACUGUAAAAAAAAAAGAGCUCACCUGAGUUGUAUCUUCUGUACCGGACGCGGGCAAAAGUUAAAACAUUUGUUUUAUUUGCCUCACAACGUUAUAACUUCUUAGACGUGGAAUAUUAUUUCCAUGUCGACGAAAAAAGAAUGAAAUAAAGAAAUGAGAUGCAAUAGCGGAAAGAUAAUAUUUGAGAAAAUAGAAAAAGAAAGGAAUAUGGUGAAUAAGAAAAGGAAACACCGUGCCCGUGUCCGUUCUUACAAUGCUAUUUAAAAAAGGGGAGAACAAAAAAGAAGGGAAGGAAAGAAAACCUUAAUCGUUAUAGUCAUAAAAUUAUUUUGUACUAAAAACUGUUUAUAAUUUUGUAUCUAAUCUCUGUAAAUACUAAACGGGUCGUUUUCGACUUAUUAAAGAACAAAACAAAAAACAAAGAGGAGUAAGAAGAAGAAGAACAAGAGGGUUGGAGGGGGUGGAAGAGAAGAAAAAUAAACUUAGAAACAAUGAAAUAAGUGCGACGCGAGUGUCGGUUUAAAUUAGACUGGUUUAAAUGAGAUCGUCGGAGGGUAAUGUGAUUAAAAUCAAAAGUUAUGGUUUUAUUUCGUGGUUUUACUGUGACAUGAUCUUAACCAUCCUAUCAACCUGUGAUCUUGUUUCAAGUGUAUACUGGAAGAAUAUCGUUUUUUUUUUUUCCUUAUUUUUUAUAGACCAUAAUAUAUACAUCCAUUGAAUUAAUCGAGUACAGGUAUGAAAAAAAAAACGAUGCCACGUGGGAAAAUCAUAACUUCUGAAAAUGGUCACACACUUAUAUAAAUAUAUAUAUAUAUAUAUAUAUAUAUAAUUAUUUAUAAUACACGUGCACGGAUAUACAUAUGCACAUGUAUACGUGUGCGUGUGUAUAUAUGUGUAAUAUAACUUUAAUUGGUAGCAAAAAAAUCGAUGAGAAAAUAAAAAAGAAGUGGAUAAGUUAAAUCGAAAGAAUGUAAUUAAAUUUCGUAUAGAACGGGACUGGUAAAAAACGUAACGAUGUACAACGAUUUAGAAAUUACUUGUAUCAUAAACGAAUCGACAAUUAAGGGACAAAUCAUAAAAAACUAUAUAUGUUAUUCGGUAGCUGUGUAUAUAUAAAUAUAUGAUACGACAUUAUAUGUAGAAUAUAACUAGUCACUUCUCGCGGUCACUUUGUAGAGCACAAAAUGCGAUCGACGAUCGCGAGAAAAGAAAAAUCUAUGAUAUAGAGGAGGAAAAACAAAAAAAAAAAUAAGAAGAAGAAGUAAAAGAAAUAAUAAUAAUAAUAGAUGAAACACACGCUUGUUUCUAAAAUUCGAUUUAAAACCGAUCAAUAAUCAAUCGAACAACAACAUUCACGAAUUUUUCUGCUAACAACUGCGAGAGUAUCACAAUACAUCGGUUUUUUAAAGCACACUCGACAAGAAAAACCGGUAUACUAUUAUAUUAUAACGUGCAAAAGUAUUGAAUCGUAAUAAUUUGGUAAUGACUUUUAAUUGAAAUCAUGUUUAAAGAGGAAGGGGAAAAUUAGUCUCGUAGAUGUAUGAAUAUCAUACAAAUGAAUAUGUUUUCAUUUGACAAUUACUCGUGCAUGUAUUUCAAAUAUUUGGUAAAAUUAUACAACCGUCGAGACUGAUUAUAAAAAAAAAAAAAGAAAUCGUUUCAAUUAAUCGAAGUUAAUUAAAUUCGUCUGAUACUUCAUUGAAUGUUGGAUAAAAAUGACUAUACAAAGUGCUUGUCGUAUUUAAAGUACUUACCAAAGGUAUAUAUCAAUGAUACGAAUUUCCUGCAUGUGCAAAAAUAUCAAGACAAAAAUGUCUCGUUUUAGAGUCAUCACCAAUAAAAUACCAAAGUCAAUACUUUUACACAUCAGCAUGUAAUAUUUUCUUAACGGGACAGAAUCAUUGCUAAUAUAAUUAUAUUCACAUGUUCGUUUAUUAAUCAGAACGAUCUUCGAAGAAUAAAAUCGAGAGUCAUUCUCAACUCAUUACAACUCCUAUUCUUGGUGUGUAAUCGAGCAUGAAUCCUCCACUUUUACCAUAAUAUUUAUUAGCAUGUUCCUUAUAGAGCUCAAAUGUACGAUAUACGCGCGAGAUCUAAAGAAAAUAAAAAAAAGAAGUUGAAAAAAGAAAAAAAAUAUUAAAAAAUAAAAAAACAAAUAAGGUUCGUAUGAAUCGAAUGUGCGACGUACCGUAAUAUUGCAGCCGAUAUAAGAAAAAAAAACAAACGGUUAUUUGUAUGUUCGUAAGGAAUAUGUUAAUGCGUCUCGCAUUAAAUAACACGACUGUACUACGAUCUGUUUUGUGUCAGUGUUUUCUUGUGUAAAGCCUUUUAUAAUAAAUUAAUCGAUUCCUUGAAAUGCAUCGAAAUCUGGGCACGUACGAAGCACAACGACGGUUUCUAUUUGUAAUAAGACAGUGGAACGGAAUAAUAAACACAUUUGAAAUGAAA